UAAAGACUCGUUAUUCUGGAGUGUGACCCUCUUAAACACUGAUUUUCUCACGUAAAACCAUGCUUAACACUGGACUGCAAGGCGGCGGCAAAGAAAGACACGUGACACACAUCACUUCUAGCGCAUGCGCAGCGCAACUGAUUUUCCUCUCCCGAAGGCCAAGUGUACGCGACCCGCGUGAGUUCUGGAACGCAGCAUUGGCGGUUUCGUGCGUGGUUGCGUGACAGUGCUGCUGUGUUGGCUGUUCUCCCAUUGCUUCGUUACAAGAGUUGUGCGGACUACAAACAAUCUGAAAAUCAGCCGGCAGAAUGUCCAACAUUAGCAGAAAGAAACCACCAGUGGAAUCUCUCCUCGAAAACCUGCGCACACUGAAAAGGAAACACAAGCAGAUCCUUCGCAAAAACAAGGCCCUGACAAAGAGCCAGGCUGCAUUGAAACAAAAGCUCACAGAGCAGUGCAAGGCACUGAAUCGUAAGCGCAAGAUCUUCAGCAUCCACUUUCCCAGGCUCAAGUCACGGAUCGAAGACAAUGUAAACGCCCUGCAGACGGUCACUCUGAAUGAAAUCCAAACAUCACUGGAGCUGCUGGGGCAGAGCCUGGAUCCAGAUGGCAGCCUCUCCCUCACUCCAGUGGAGCUUCCAGAGGGGAAGGACCUUUGGCCUCCAGGUUCCCAUCUUCAGACAAAUGCAUCAGUCAUCUACAAGGAGGAGGAAGAAGAACAACAACCUGAGAAAACUGAAGAGCUUCCUGUACACUCCGAAUGGCGGGCACUGGAUAAUGAUGUGCAGACCAGCACCCCCACCUGUCCCCCAAAACCGUCUCGAAGGGGAAGAUCCGGAAGAAGCAUUGCACCCGGCACGUCUCCAUUCCGUUUGAGUUUGGGCAACCGGAGGAAUUCCAAGAGGAUCCAACAGACGACAUCUGCAGAGCCACGUCCCUCCACGUCCUCACAAAAGUCAGACGUGCUUGGUAACCAAUCAGUCUGGUCGGUGACACCUUUAGACUUCGAGCAGCCACCUGCUCAUGAACAUCCUCAGGAUGCGCCUCAUGAAGAUCCUCAGGACACGCCUCGUGAUUCGUCUAAGGGCACACUGAAAAGGAAACACAAGCAGAGCCUUCGCAAAAACAAGGCCCUGGCAAAGAGCCUGGCUGCAUCGAAACAAAAGCUUGCAGAGCAGUGCAAGGCACUGAAUCGUGAGCACGAAAUCUUCAGCAUCCACUUUUCCAGGCUCAAGUCACGGAUCGAAGACAAGGUAAACGCCCUGCAGAAUGAAAUGAAAUCAUCACUGGAGCUGCUGGAGCAGAGCCUGGAUCCAGAUGGCAGCCUCUUCCUCACUCCAAUGGAGAUCACAGAAUUAGAGGAGCUUCCAGAGGGGAAGGACCUUUGGCCUCCAGGUUCCCAUCUUCAGACAAAUGCAUCAGUCAUCUACAAGGAGGAGGAAGAAGAACAACAACCUGAGAAAACUGAAGAGCUUCCUGUACACUCCGAAUGGCGGGCACUGGAUAAUGAAGUGCAGACCAGCACCCCCAUCUGUCCCCCGUCUCGAAGUGGAAGAUCCGGAAGAAGCAUUGCACCCGGCACGUCUCCAUUCCGUUUGAGUUCCAAGAGGAUCCAACAGAUGACACCUGCAGAGCCACGUCCCUCCACGUCCUCACAAAAGUCAGACGUGCUUGGUAACCAAUCGGACAUUGAGCAGCCACCUGCUCAUGAACAUCCUCAGGAUGCGCCUCAUGAAGAUCCUCAGGACACGCCUCGUGAUUCGUCUAAGGAGCACUGCAGGCAGGCGACGACGAGACCAAUCGGUCACAGGCAAGCGAACUUCUCAAUGAUUGGAACGGACUGCCUUCCACUGUCGUGUCAUUAGACACCGAUGGGCAUAUCCAAGGAACUGACUUUUGUCAUAUAAUCUGUCUAGCAGCACUCUGGUGUAAUUGACUGUUUUGUUCUUCUGGAUGACAUCACACUGUCUGUUUCCAUAUCUCAUUUCUUUAAAGAGGAAAUGUGCUUACUGUACGUACACUUUGUGUGUUAUUUCAUAAGGUCUCUCUGUACUGUAGAUUUUUGUCAAAGAACGUUUUUUGUGAAUGCUUCUUGCUACAUAUGAUAAUAAAAUAUGCCGACCAGAGAACACCGUAGUCCAUUCCUUUGCACGGAGUGAGUGCAUGCCAGUAACCAUAAACCCACCCGAGUUGUUUGAAAUCGUUGAAAUCCCUUCUCGAGGCCGUAUAGGCGCCGUCCUAACGAAGGACAGGUGCGGAAGCUUCUG